AUGCAAGAUGUUGGCUGUCGUGGUGACAGCACUGCCCACGGCGCGAGUGUCAACAGCAGCAGCAGCAGCAGCUCUGCUUUUUGCGAGACACAUCUUACUUUCAAGCAGCACGCUGCCUGCAGUUCCCCCGACUUCAGAAGCAGAAGCAGCGAGGUUCCCCUGUUCACACUCGAGGCGGAAGGCGAUUCUUCUCUCGAGGAGCUCCUGAAGCCAUCAGCAGAUGGACGGCAGCAUCGGCUGCAGCAGCAUCGGCAGCAGCAAGGGGGGGGAAUACGGGGGAAGCGUUUUCGCGAGGAAAAUGCUGCAGGAGGAGAAGCAGAAGCAGCGCAUGCAGCAGCAGCAGCAGCAGCUAGCGGGAGCUCCGUGAUGCAGUUUGCUGCUGGGCGUGCAGCGGCGUUGGCUGGUGCUGAAGCAGCGGGAGGAGCGGCAUUUGCAUGCGAUUUUGCGCUGCUGCUGCGACGUUUGACCGCGAGGCUGCAGCAAGACGGCGUAUUGCAGCCGCUGCAUGUUGGCUGCUCCCCUUCAGAAGCAGCGACUGUGGCAGCGGAAGGCUUGAGCAGCGCUGAGGGGCGGGAGUCUGGAAGCGUAGAGGCGUGCGUGGAGACUGACGAGCACAAAAAGGACGGCAGCAGCAGCCUCCACGGCGACGCGCUUCCCAGUGUCUGCCGGGUAGACGCGAAAGCCUUGCAUGCAGCCUUGAAGCAGCAGCAGCUCGAGUUGGAGCGAAAGUUUCGUCGCCACUACGACGAAAGGUGGCGCUUAAGGGGUUCCUCCGCAGGAGGCAGGUACUUUGGAGCUGUCUUAAGGGAAGAAACGAAUGGUCGCAUGCGACGAGCAGCGGCAACGCAGCAGCAAAAGGAAAGAAGGGGUGUUGUGCGGCAACAAGAAGAAGAGCAAGGAGAACAAGAAGAAGAGCAAGGAGAACAAGAAGAACGAGAGGAGCGAGAAGAACGAGAGGAGCGAGAAGAGCAGGAGCGAGAAGAGCAGGAGCGAGAAGAGCAAGAGCGAGAAGAGCAACAAGAAGAACCGCAGGAGGAGGAGAAGCCUCAGCAACUGGAGACGGAAGAGGCGGCUGCCCAAGUGACAUCGACAGAGCGCCUCGAACUCGUUGACUUCGUUCUUUUGCUGCCUCAAUGGUCGAAUACAGAGCAACAGCAACAGCAAGAGAAUUCGCAGCAGCAACAGCAACAGCAAGAGAAUUCGCAGCAGCAACAGCAACAGCAAGAGGUAUUGCUGGAGGUAUCUCACCAGCAGCUUGUGCGUUUUCAUCUUUUUCUGAUGGCGCUUCACAAGGUGACACUGUCGGUGUGCUCCUUUUGUGCUGCGAAGAGCUGCCCUAGAAGCAGCUCUCCGAGAGAAGCUUGUCAAUGGGCAAUCUGCACGCGUUGUGGGCAUAGAGGCUCGCGCUUUUCCUCCGAUCAUCGCUGCGACUUCCGGUCGAGUCGGCGUCUGUCUUUCUUUCGAUCCUUGUGGGAUGUAAGUGCGAUUGGUGGCGUGUAUCAGCUUGCGCGCUAG